UAUACGCUCUAAAAAAUAUAUGAUUUUUUCUAUAGAGAUACACGGGCACACUAGACCCACCGAUCGCGGCUUUGUGUGUGUUAAAAAUGACGCUCAUAUCGUUUUGGGCUGAUAAUAUUGUUCACGUUUUAUAAAACAGAUACACGGUUAAGCUCUGACCGGUCGUAUUAUUAUCUGUGUGUUCUUGGUUGAUACGUUUGUCACGUUUUUAAAGCAACGACGGGAAGAACAGUGCGUGCGUUUCUUCACAUACAAAUACAUACAAACAUAUGCAUUGAGUUUAGAAUAAAUACGGCCACAAGUAAUAUACAUAUUUAUUCAUCGAAACCAACCCACCACAAGAGCAUAACCAAUCAUGUUAAAGUUUAUCAGAGGAAAAGGGCAGCAGCCCAGUGCCGACAGACAACGCCUACAGAAGGACCUUUUUGCUUAUCGUAAGACGGCACAGCAUGGCUUUCCUCAUAAGCCUUCGGCUCUUGCGUAUGAUCCAGUUUUAAAACUUAUGGCAAUAGGGACGCAAACAGGGGCUUUAAAAGUUUUCGGUCAACCCGGAGUUGAAUUGUACGGACAGCAUACCUUGAUGAACAAUUCAGCAUCGGAGCUUAAUGUACAGUUACUUGAAUGGGUGUAUGGAACUGGUCGCAUACUUUCGUUGACGGCAGCGAAUCAAUUAAUUUUAUGGGAGCCAGUUGGAACAGCGCUGCUGCCAAUCAAAACGCUACCAUUUGACGGAAAACUUAAAAAAGUUUCAUCGCUGUGCUGUUCUCUUAGUAAGGAUCUGCUAUGGAUUGGAACUGAAGGUGGAAACAUCUAUCAACUGGAUUUACACACAUUUACCAUUAAGGAGCCUGUAAUUUACCAUGACGUUGUGCUAGAGCAGGUGCCACCCGCCUACAAGCUAAAUCCUGGUGCAAUUGAGUCAAUCCGCCAACUUCCAAAUUCCCCUAGCAAACUUCUGGUUGCAUACAAUCGCGGCCUUUGCGUAUUGUGGGAUUUUGAAAGCGCCUCUGUCGAGCGAGCAUACAUAGCCCCCGGACAUGGACAGAGCGUUGGUCUUACAGUAAACUUCGAAGGAUCUGAAUUUAGCUGGUAUCAUGCUGAUGGUUCGUACGCCACUUGGAACAUAGAUAACCCAGAACCGCCAACGAAUGUUAAUUAUGUGCCUUAUGGACCUGAUCCAUGCAAGAGCAUAAAUCGACUGUACAAAGGCAAGCGAAGAUCCAACGAUGUAAUUGUUUUUUCCGGCGGCAUGCCAAGGUCAGCAUAUGGUGAUCACAAUUGUGUGUCCGUUCACGUCAGCGAUGGACACAAAGUGUGUCUUGACUUUACGUCUAAAGUGAUUGACUUCUUCGUAACCUUUAACAAUAAUAGUGAUGUCGCUGAAGUUCUUGUUGUACUACUUGAAGAGGAACUCUGCGCUUACGAUCUUACUGACCCUAAUAUUUCUGCUAUCAAAGCGCCAUAUCUUCAUUCUGUCCAUGCAUCAGCUGUUACUUGCAAUUACCUUGCUUCUGAAGUCGUACAGUCGGUAUAUGAAAGUAUUUUACGAGCUGGGGAUGAACAAGACAUUGAUUAUAGCAAUAUUAGCUGGCCUAUCACUGGCGGUACUCUCCCGGAUAACUUAGAAGAAUCUGUAGAAGAAGACGCGACUAAGCUUUACGAGAUUUUGUUAACUGGCCACGAAGAUGGUUCUGUUAAAUUUUGGGACUGCACUGGAGUGUUGCUUAAACCAAUUUAUAAUUUUAAAACUAGCAGCAUUUUUGGAAGUGAGUCAGAUUUCCGAGAUGACGCAGCUGCAGAUAUGAGUGCGGAACAAGUCGAUGAAGGAGAACCGCCAUUUCGAAAAUCAGGACUUUUUGAUCCUUAUUCAGAUGAUCCUCGUUUAGCAGUAAAGAAAAUAGCAUUCUGCCCAAAAACCGGUCAACUUAUUGUUGGUGGCACAGCGGGCCAAAUUGUUAUAGCCGACUUUAUAGACUUACCUGAAAAAGUAUCUUUGAAAUACAGCUCAAUGAAUUUGGUCAGCGAUCGUGAUGGAUUUGUGUGGAAGGGUCAUGAUCAGUUAAAUGUGCGAUCGAACUUAUUAGACGGAGAAGCGAUUCCUACAACGGAACGUGCUGUAAAUAUAUCGGGAGUGCUGCAAGUUUUGCCGCCAGCCAGCAUUACAUGCAUGGCACUCGAAGCAAGUUGGGGACUAGUAUCUGGUGGCACUGCGCACGGCUUAGUUCUCUUUGACUUUAAAAACUUUGUUCCAGUAUUUCAUCGCUGCACAUUAAACCCAAAUGAUCUCACUGGAGCAGGAGAGCAGCUGUCUCGUCGAAAGUCUUUUAAGAAAUCAUUGAGGGAGUCAUUUAGAAAGCUUCGCAAGGGUCGAUCGACCAGGACCAACCACAGCAAUCAGGUACCAACAACGCUGGAAGCACGACCCGUCGAGAGGCAAAUAGAGGCGCGCUGUGCAGAUGACGGGCUGGGAUCCAUGGUGCGAUGUUUACUUUUUGCCAAAACUUAUGUUACUAAUGUCAACAUAACGUCGCCAACCUUAUGGUCAGCAACAAAUGCCAGUACCGUCUCGGUUUUCCUUUUGCAUUUGCCACCAGCGCAGACCGCUGCAACUGCCGUCCCGUCAGCAAGUGGAAAUGCACCACCACAGAUGCCUCGCCGAAUUUCUGCGCAGCUUGCUAAAGAAAUUCAAUUAAAACAUCGUGCUCCUGUGGUGGGUAUUUCUAUUUUUGAUCAGGCGGGUAGCCCUGUCGAUCAGCUGAACGCCGGUGAAAACGGUAGUCCACCGCAUCGUGUUCUUAUUGCUUCCGAGGAACAGUUUAAAGUAUUUUCACUUCCGCAACUAAAGCCGAUUAACAAAUAUAAGCUUACCGCUAACGAAGGUGCUCGGAUUCGGCGCAUCCAUUUUGGUUCGUUUAGUUGUCGCAUAUCCUCAGACAUACUGCAGAGUAUGCACGGUUGUAGCCCAACUAAGUCCACGCGUUCAUAUGGAGAUGGAGAGUCGGCUCCUAAUAUCAGUGGAAGCUUGGCUGUAAGUCGUGGAGAUAUAUAUAACGAAACAGCAUUGAUAUGCUUAACGAAUAUGGGCGAUAUCAUGGUUUUAUCAGUACCUGAAUUAAAAAGACAGCUGAAUGCCGCAGCAGUGCGACGGGAAGAUAUUAAUGGAGUUUCGUCACUUUGCUUUACAAACUCAGGAGAAGCACUGUAUAUGAUGUCUUCUUCUGAACUGCAGCGUAUUGCUUUAGCCACGUCCACAGUCGUGCAACCCACUGGCAUUGUUCAAGUAGAACCAUUAGAAAACGAAGAAUCUGUGUUGGAAGAAAAUGAUCCAGAGAAUAAUAAGGAAACAUACGCAUGUGAUGAAGUUGUGAAUACACUUGAAGUUAAAGAUCCACCAGGCAUUUCAACAUGCACAAGGCCUGCAGAGGAAAACGUUGAUAGAAAUAGUGUUCAGCAAGUUAAUGGAGUCUACAUUUCAAAUUCACCUAAUCAAGCUAACGAGACUAUCAGCAGCUCUAUUGGCGAUAUUACCGUUGAUUCGGUGCGCGACCAUUUAAAUAUGACGACAACCACGUUAUGUUCUAUUAAUACAGAGGAAACCAUUGGUCGCCUAUCUGUACUUAGCACGCAAACCAAUAAAGCCACAACUACCGUAAACAUGAGCGAAAUUCCAAAUAUUAAUAUCUCUAAUUUAGAGGACUUGGAAUCGAAAAGAAAUACGACGGAAACGAGUACUAGUUCUGUUGUAAUUAAAUCUAUAAUUACAAACAUAUCUCACGAAAAAACGAACGGAGACAGCAAAGCAGGAACGCCAAAAACAGCGCCAGAAGAAAGCCAAUUUUAACAUUGACAGAAGCCGUAACAUACUAAUUAUUUUAUUACUAAACAGAAAUACGACGGAAACGAGUACUAGUCCUGUUGUAAUUAAAUCUAUAAUUACGAAAAUAUAUCACGAAAAAUCGAACGGAGGCAGCAAAAUAGAAACGCCAAAAAAAGCGCCCGAAAAAAGCAAAUUUUAAUGAAUUAAAUUAAACGCGAUUUACACACGAACAGAAAUGAAAGAAUAAUAAUAUAAGAAAUUUAUUUCUAAUUUGGCUGAAGCGAUGUUGUUGUUCCAAAACCAUAUAAUUAUUUAUAAUUUUACGCGACUGUUAUAUUAUGGUAAUGUUUUCAUGUAUUUUCUCGCAGUGACUUCAUACCCGGUAACCGUAGGUGCAAGAGAUAACACUGCCACCGAAACCGUUAAAAGGGCCCGCCCGCAAUUUAUAAAUUUUAUAUUUAAAUAUGCUUUAUUUUGGAUUAAUAAUUCAAAUUAUAUAGGAAAAAUUUGGUUGUAAGGGUUAGCAAUAGCGCUGGUGUCUUUCAUUUCCGUUCGUUCGUAUAAACGUUCAAACAUUAUAAAAAUUGUCGUGCCCACAUUUUUUAAAUUUCUUUUAUUUUCGGUUAAAAUAUUGUGAUAAAAAAUUAGGACAAUAACAAUUUGCUUUAUUAUGAUGAACGAAUUAGGAGUACAAAAAAUUGCCUAAUGCAAGGAUGGGAAGAAAAAAGACUUUCAAGUUUAAAAGAAUUUCUUUGAUCAAAUCCUCAAUAAGCAAACUACAUAAAACUGGAAGUACGCAUUCCCCUACACUUAAGUUUUCAAAAGCGUGUUUUGAAAUAAUUGUAAAAUAUUUAAUAACAUGAAAAUACAAAGUUUUUAGCACGAAAUUACAUGUAUGUAAUUGUUUUGCUAAUAUGUCCGUUAAAAAGGUUACAUUUUGUGAGUAUCAUCAAUGUAAUUUUUUCAUUCUAUACAGGUGCAAUUAAAAAUAUAUGAGCCUUCACGUAUUUAAGUACAUAAUGUAAUUUAAUUUUAGAAAGCUUACGGCUUUAUCUUCAAUUGUAGCGCGUUUAAGAAUUCCUGAAGAUUUGUAGUAACUUUUUUGUUCUUAGCUUUUUUUGCAUUUUACCCCCUGUGGAAGGUUUUAAAACAUCGUCGAAUUUUCAUAUAUUUAUACCCAUUACUCGUAUAGUAAAGGGGUAUACUAGAUUCGUUGAAUAGUAUGUUACAGGCAGAAGGAAGCGUUUCCGACCAUAUAAAGUACAUCAUUAAGUAUUUACCAUAGGAUUAUUAAUAAAAAAAAUUUAUUUUAUUAAA